UAGUUUUAAUUUAGUGACAAAAUUCAAGAGUCGUUGAUACUCUAUUUCUUAAACAGGGUAUAUCAGUUAAUCCAUUCAAUCUCAAUGGGACAAAGUUCCCGAUUGUUUACGGCCAAAACGUGUCAAGAAAAUGUUCCCAAGCCGAAGCUGGUUAUUGCUCAAGUGGGUGUGUGGACAGAGACCUGGCCUCCACAAGCGGAGAUACUGAGAACCGAGGAGACAGUUGAUAGAGAAGCUCCUUAUGUUCCAUCUUUCUCUUCUCGCGGGCCAAGUUUCGUCAUUCAGAACCUCUUGAAGCCUGACGUAAGUGCACCUGGAUUAGAGAUUUUGGCUGCAUUUUCUCCGGUAGCUUCUCCUUCAAGUUUAUUGAACCCUGAGGACAAGAGAAGUGUGAGGUAUAGUGUUAUGAGUGGCACAUCAAUGGCUUGUCCUCAUGUGGCAGGUGUAGCGGCUUAUGUCAAGUCUUUUCACCCUGACUGGUCUCCCUCGGCAAUUAAAUCCGCUAUAAUGACGACUGCUACCCCCAUGAACCUUAAGAAGAACCCCGAGCAAGAAUUUGCUUAUGGGUCAGGCCAAAUUAACCCGACCAAAGCAACCGACCCAGGACUUGUGUAUGAAGUAGAAACAGAUGAUUACCUCAAAAUGCUAUGUGCAGAGGGUUUUGAUUCAACGUCGCUCACAAAAACCUCCGGACAGAACGUCACUUGCUCGGAAAGAACAGAAGUCAAGGAUCUGAAUUACCCAACAAUGACUACGUUUGUCUCUGCUCUUGAUCCAUUCAAUGUCACGUUUAAAAGAACUGUUACCAAUGUUGGAUUCCCAAACUCUACGUACAAGGCAAGUCUAGUUCCUCUUCAACCGGAGAUUCAGAUUAGCAUAGAACCAGAAAUACUAAAAUUCGGUUUCCUGAAGGAGAAGAAAACGUUUGUUGUGACCAUCUCUGGUAAAGAACUGAAGGAUGGAAGUUUUGUAAGUUCGUCUGUGGUUUGGUCUGAUGGGAGCCACAGUGUCAGAAGUCCAAUCGUUGCUUACUCAAUCCAGCCAUAGAAACUCCUUUUAGCGUUUUACUAAUUUUCUUUUCUUGU